CACUGCCCCGGGCGGGGGCGAGGCGAGCGCGGAAACAACCGGAAGUGCGCGCGCCGCCCUCUGGGAGAUGUAGUUGGGCGCCGUCCCGCGCAGGCCCAGACCCGGCUGGUGGCGGCCGCGGCCUUUGUCCUGCCGUCCGGCUGAACUGCCUACGGAGGAGCUGGCUGUUCCUGUAAGAGGCCAGAGGAGGAGGGAAUGACUGCUGGGCUCCUCGCUGCCGGGGCGCCGGAGCAAGUGACCUUUGAGGACGUGGUUGUGGACUUCACCCAGGAGGAGUGGGGGCAGCUAGAGCCUGCCCAGAGGACCCUGUACCGCGAUGUGAUGCUGGAGACCUUCAGGCUCCUGGUCUCUGUGGAUUUGGAAACUCAACCCCAAACCAGACUGUCAGCUCCAAAGCAAGACAUCACUGAGAAAAUAGCUAGCAGUGUCCUAGUGGAAAGGUUCCUGUGGGAUAGUCUGUGGUACCCUGAGGGUGACGAAGCCGAGGGCCACUGGGGACAGAGUCAUGAGAGCCGAGACAGCCAUGUGGUGCGAGGAGCCUUCACGCCUGUGAAGACACCCAUGCAGCAGCAGCAGCAGCAGCAGCAGCAGCAGGGGAAUGGGUUCGGGGAGAACUUGAUUCUGAACCCCAGUCUCCCACCUCAGCCACUGACGCCUGAAAGACAAGGCCUCCACAUGCUGGGGACACGCGGGAAGAGGGGCAAGCCAGGCCCAGAGUUCAGUGCUCAACAGAAAGCAGAUGCAAAGGAGAAGCCCUACAAAUGUCAGGCAUGUGGAAAGGCCUUUAGUCACAGCUCGGCACUUGCUGAGCACCACCGAACGCACACAGGAGAGAGACCUUAUGAGUGUCACGAAUGCGGAAAAGGCUUCCGAAACAGCUCAGCACUUACCAAACACCAGAGAAUCCACACCGGUGAGAAGCCUUACGAGUGCACUCAGUGUGGGAAAACCUUCAACCAGAUCGCCCCGCUGAUCCAGCACCAGAGGACUCACACCGGCGAGAAGCCGUACGAGUGCGGCGAGUGCGGCAAGGCCUUCAGUUUCAGGUCCUCCUUCAGCCAGCACGAGCGGACUCACACCGGCGAGAAGCCGUACGGGUGCGGCGAGUGCGGCAAGGCCUUCCGGCAGAGCAUCCACCUCAGCCAGCACCUGCGGACCCACACGGGGGAGAAGCCGUACGGGUGCGGCGAGUGCGGCAAGGCCUUCAGCCACAGCUCGUCCUUGACCAAGCACCUGCGGAUCCACACGGGGGAGAAGCCGUACGGGUGCCGCGAGUGCGGCAAGGCCUUCGCGCAGAUCACGCCGCUGACUCAGCACCAGCGGACCCACACGGGGGAGAAGCCGUACGAGUGCCGCGAGUGCGGCAAGGCCUUCAGCCAGAGCACGCUCCUGACUGAGCACCGCAGGACCCACACCGGGGAGAAGCCGUACGGGUGCCGCGAGUGCGGCAAGGCCUUCAGCCACAGCUCGUCGCUCAGCCAGCACGAGCGGACGCACACGGGGGAGAAGCCGUACGAGUGCAGGCAGUGCGGCAAGGCCUUCCGGCAGAGCACGCACCUCACUCAGCACCGCAGGACCCACACCGGGGAGAAGCCGUACGAGUGUGGCGACUGCGGCAAGGCCUUCAGCCACAGCUCGUCCCUCACCAAGCACCAGCGGAUCCACACGGGGGAGAAGCCGUACGAGUGCAACGCGUGUGGCAGAGCCUUCAGCCAGCUCGCCCCCCUCAUUCAACACCAGAGGACCCACACGGGGGAGAAGCCCUACGAGUGCAACGCCUGUGGCAGAGCCUUCAGCCAGAGCUCCCUUCUCGUAGAACACCAGAGGAUUCACACCAAGGAAAAGCCCUACGGGUGCAACGAGUGUGGGAAAUCCUUCAGCCACAGCUCGUCGCUCAGCCAGCACGAGCGGACCCACACGGGGGAGAAGCCGUACGAGUGUCAGGAUUGCGGGAAAUCCUUCCGGCAGAGCACCCACCUCACUCAGCACCGGAGGAUCCACACGGGGGAGAAGCCCUACGAGUGCAGGGACUGUGGGAAGGCCUUCACACACAGCUCGUCCCUCACCAAGCACCAGAGAACUCAUACUGGGUAGGCCCACAUCACACUCGCCGGGACAUGGGCAGGCCUUAAGUCUAGCUCCUCCCUUACUAGACCUGACCCAGUCAUUCUCAGUGGAAACAGUACAAGUUUAUGCAUAUGCAAGCCUUUGCACACAGAACGUGCCCCACACACCCUCAGAGAGAAGUGCUGGAAAUGACUAUGGGAACGUGGAACUCUGGGUCAUCCAUCCCUGGAUACCAGAUCAUCCAGACAGUAGCAGGGAAAUGUGGAGUUAAUCAGUGUUGAGGACCUUCAGUCAUGAGUGCCCACUAAUGCUACAUCAUAGAACCUAGAAAAAAGAGAAAUGGGAAAAAAAAAAAAAAAGCGGAUCUGGAGAUGGCUUCUGUCCAAGGAUUCACGAUAUUCCAAACUAGAGAUUUUCAAAGCAGAUGCUUUUUAUAUACAAGAACCAGAUACACUCAGAAUUUAUCAUUAUUGCACAUGACAUUCUUGGGAGGGGUGCUUAUGAAUGGUGCAAGGUGACUAUAAAUUUUUCUACAGGACUCACAGGCAUUAGAAACACAGAUGUUGCUGUUUCACAAAAAGGAAGAUACCCUUUGUUAAGCCACCAUCUUAUGAACAACAGCACCUCCACACUGGAACCUUAUGUUUUGCAAGGUUUAUCUCUUUUGAGAAAUGUACAAGGUAAUCCUCUCUUGACUGUUUUCAUUGAUUCUUCUUCCUGGUUUUUAGACAAGCUUUUGUUUUUGUAUAAUUUAUCUUGAAGGUCCAUAGUAUUACAUUAAAUCCUGAAUCCACUAACAGCA